AUGCAAACCUUUUUAUCUGCACCAAAGCUCGACAAAAAAUAUGUAUAUUCAGAUCCAGACAACACAUAUCAACAUUUUGUCAAUGCCUAUGUUUUCUAUAAAAUAGCAUCAACUAGAACACCAGAUCCACGAGUCUCUACUAUAACAGAACCUGGAAACCCAAUUCGUAAUAAUGCAGUAGCACAAAAAAAAAGUUUUGAAAUGAUCAAAAAAUUAGAAACAGAAUUAUCUGAAUUAGAGCAAAUAGCCGCAAUAAUGACUAAUUCUCAGUGCUAUAACAACCUUAACUCUCAGAUAGCUAAAAUUAAAAAGAAGAUUACUGAAGAAGAAGAAUGGCUUAAAAAACUCAAAAGACAUGCAUCUAGUCAACAAAAAUCUCAAAUAAAAAAAUCAAGAGCACUUAACGAUGAUAGCGUUGUUGUAAUAUAUGACUCUCUCAGUCGUCUGCCUCUUCUUUUUCAACAUCCAAAUCUUCAUGAUCAAAUUCACAAAGAAAACUAUAAUGUAUAUAUGUCCUGUACUAGUAUGAGAAAUUACAUUUUACCUCAUUCAAACCAUAGCUUGGCAGCUAGAACCUACUACUAUCCCACUUUCAUUGGAAUCAUUAGCAUUUCAAGAGAUGAUAUGAGGAACUAUAUUGAUGAGCAUUACUGUCUUGCAUCUGUAAAAAAUGCAAAACAGUUUGCUAUAACUUUUGCUGACUUCACUGUAGUGCUCUCUCAAGAUGACAAAGUGAAAAUUCCAGUCAAUAUUCUAGCAGUAGGAAAACAUUUUCAGGCCAUGCAAUCUAUUAACGAACCAGUAUCUGUUUCUGAUCACGAUUUCCCUAUUGGUGUGUCACAAAAAUUAAUACCGUCUCAUCUUAGUUCAACAUCUGCUUUACAUAUGACAGACAUCGUAUCUUUAGUCAGUAAUGAAAAUUUCUUUGCAAUUUUUAAGUGUAACAAUGAGGUCAAGCCCCUAUGGGUUAUUAUUGUGGACAGUGGACCUAACGAAAAUCCUCGUCAUUUAAAAAAAAAUGAAAUUUGUGAUUAUGAAUUAGAACUUCGUAACUUUCAACAUGCUGGCCAGACUCUUGCAGAUUUAUGGAGAAGAGACCCCAUUCAUGAAAACCUAUACUCUCUUGAUAUUAGAAAGUGCAACGAUUUGUUAUGUUGUAUUCCAAAACGAGCUAGUGAUACCACUGCAUUCCUAGGUGAAAAUAAUGGUUUCUUACCUCUAAUAAUUAAAAUUAAAGACAACCAUUACCUUGACGCCAUAUACACGCUUCAAUACUUCAACCAUUUAAAAAUUCCUACAUAUGAUACGCAUCUUCCUUCUCUUUCCUCUGAAGAUCACUCAAGACGAUGUU